AAUUAACAUUAAUUACAAUAAUCUCAUUUUUAACUCGAGCUAGUCACAAAGCUUGGUAAAUUCCAGUACAUUGCUAAUUAACUACAUGUAUCAAUUGCAUAUUUUUUAUUAAACCUCUCCUUCUUUAGAAACCAAGACGUCUUACUAGCUCUGUUUUGCUCAUAUGGAAGUUGGUUUUUGACUCCUGAACUUUAUGUUCACCUUCUCAAGAACUCAUUUUAUUGCAGAUAUAUUUUGUGGCAAAUGAGACCAAAAUUAUGCAGAAGGAGAGGUUGUGUUACCAUUUUUCACAAAAGACCUCUAACCUUUUUUGGCAUUAUUUGCAAUCUUCUCAGUCACUUUUACAAAUUAUUCACUUCUCUUAACAGUCUUAAAGUUGAGCUGAAUUCGGCUUUUAAAUACUGUAGAAAAAAAGAAAGGUUAAGACUUUCUCAAAACAAGCCACCAUUAGGUGCUGAUUGGCUUAUGAAAAGUUGAAAGAUCUAAGUCCUGUUCCCUUUUCAGAAAUUGACUUAAAAUAAGAUAUUUAUCCAAGGGUACCUAACCCCCUUCCAAGAUCUCUCUAAUUUUGAGUACCCACUUUUUCUGAGUCUGAUUUAUCUGUGUCUGAAUUCACAAUAAAAUCUGUAGAAGAUGAGAUGAUUCAACAGUUCUUAACAAUCAGGCUUUUGGUAUCACAACUGGAAAAAAAGUUAGAUCAAUCUUUGCACACUAUAAUCUAAACUUUCGGGACCACGCCUUCAUGUGAUGUCAAGAGGAGAUGAUGGUAUUAUAGAUAAAAUCUUCAUAUUUAUUACAAACAGUAUUCUGCACAAAAUCUACCUUAAAAAGUGUGGAUGCAAAAGAAAGCCCUGGGAAGUGAGGACAUGCCACCAGUGUGGUUUCACAGCAAGAUAUCGAGGACACAGAAGCCUUUUCCCUGAUGAUACCUGUGGUACUGUACAGGACGUGCCAUGAAAGAGGGCGACAGAAGAACAUCAGCCAAGAAAAAGACUUUGAUUCUUGUUUUAGUCAACCACACAGACCCAUGGGGCACCUGCUGUGCUUAAAACUCAGGUGCUUCCCCAUGUGCAGGCUAAUGUGCUCUUUGCCUUUCCCAGAGGCCUCCUCUGAUAUUCCACCUCCAUCCAGUGAAGGGGAGACAGGCUUGACUGGGGAGAAUUAAAUAAACAGCACUGCAAUGCUGUGAGGAUGCAGGAGGCCAGCUUUUAGAGCAGAAAUGCAUUACUUCAUGCAAAGAAAUAUUUGCCAUGGCAUUCAUCAGCUCCACAAGAACUCCCUGCUACAGCUUGAGUUGAACAGCUUGAAACAGUUCCCGUGUGGACAAAGAAAGCUCAUUUGUGCAUCCAUGGAGCUCAGCCUGCAACACAGCCUGCAACACCUUGGCACCUCAGUGUACCCACCAGGGCACAGAUGAACAUCCUCCACUGCAAAGAGCUGGUUUGCAAAAUAACAAUAUUUAAUUAAAAAAAGUUAUAACGCCAUCUGCAACUGCCUACUGUAAUUAUUUUACAUAGAAAACGAGUUCAUUCUGGUCUUAACUAGGGGAAGGCAUAAACAUCUACUAAUAGGAAGAAACAAAGUUUAAUUUGCUCACGGAUCAGCGAAGUCCAAAAAUGUGAAUUCUUCUUGGAUGGACUCUGCCCUUUCUUGGAAUUUAAGAUUCAGAGGCGAGGACCAGCAGAGCUUAGAAAGACAACCCUCACAAUCUGUAUCCACUCCUGGCUCCACUGACUGCUGCCCCUGUAAUAAACCCCCCAGAAAUUGAAUACCUCAAUAAAUAAAAAGGGAUCUCGUUAGAGGUGAGAUGAACCUUGAAGAGUAUUUUGCAAGAACUGGCUAUAAAGGCUCCACUGAAAAACAAGAUUUGGAAACCUUAACCGAUAUAUUCCAGCAUCACAUCCGUGCUGUUCCCUUCGAAAACCUCAGCAUCCACUGCGGGGAGAAAAUUACUUUGGAGCUGGAGCACGUUUACAACAAGAUUGUGAGGAGGAAGAGGGGUGGCUGGUGCAUGGAAAACAACCAGCUGCUGGGCUGGGUGCUGAAGAGCCUGGGCUAUGAGACCAGCUUCCUGGGAGCCUAUGUGUUCAACCCCCAGCAGAACGCCUACGCCACCCUCAUGACCCACCUCGUGGUAAAAGUCAUCAUUGAUGGCAAAGCCUACAUCGUUGACGGAGGCUUUGGGGUGUCCUACCAGAUGUGGCAGCCCAUGGAGCUUGUGUCAGGGAAAGACCAGCCCCAGGCUCCCGGCGUGUUCCGCUUCACGGAGAAGAAUGGCGUCUGGUACCUGGAGAAAAUGAGACGGAAACAAUACAUCCCCAACCAGAGCUUCUCCAACUCUGACCUGCUGGAGAAGAAGGAGUGUCGCAAGGUUUAUAUGUUCAGCCUCGAGCCACGGACAGUGGAAGAUUUCCGUUUCCAGUGCACAUACCUCCAGACCUCUCCAGAUUCCCUCUUCACAAAGAAGUCCAUCUGCACCCUCCAGACCACUGACGGAUUCCGGGCGCUGAUUGGGUGGACGCUCACCGAGACCACGUACAACUACAAGGAAAACAUGGAUCUGGUGGAAUUUGUAACUCUUGAAGAUGAAGAGGUGGAAAAGACCCUCAAAGAGAAAUUUAACAUCACCCUAGAGAGAAAACUUGUCCCCAUUAAUGUUAAAGGAUCUUACACAAUCUAGAAUGCCAGGAAAACCUACAGUAAUGCUAUGUGGGUACAGCAGCUUCCUCUGUCUGUGCAAUCCCUACUGCAAGGUUAUGGGAUUCUUUUGCAGGUGACUGAAGGAUAUAUACAUUAGUAUGAGAUUAAUGUGAAUUUCACUUUGGGAAAAAUCAGGGAUUUAAGACUCUUGAGUCAGUUAGGUAAAAUUAUUUGCUGGGAGAUGACUGCCGUUCAAUUUUUGGCACAAAUGUAGGAUAUGAUUUGAAUCUGGUUAUAAGCUUGGGUAAGAUAUAUGCCUGGGGGAUUUUGGACUGCCUGUAGCACAUGAGUAUGGAUUAUUAAUUGUGAUAUGCUGCCAACACAUUUUCUAAGGUUAUUAUAGGGAGACAAGUAAUCUGUGAGCAUUUAGACAAGAAAGCACACAUUUAAAACUUCAUUUUUCACAAGAUCAAACCACUCACAGCUCAUCUCAUUCCUCUACCUUUAAUAUGAGUAAAACAUUGUCAUAUUGGAAAGGAGCAUUAGGAGGCAUAAUUCUUUCACCAUCAUCCUUAGACAAACCAUAGUACAAAAUGAAAAUCGUCAUCAUGUGCAUCCCUCUGGCCAUUACUGCAGUAAACUGCCCCAAGUAAUUUUUGGUAUGUAGCUAUUCUUCUGGUGAUGAAAAUUCUAUAUAUUGCAGUGUUAUUGUGGCUGAUGGGCUCUAAGGAGAUAACUACUAAGCUUUGUUUCUGAGAUAUAAUCAUCCUGUAAAUUGUGACUGGUACUUAAAUGUCACAGCUGGCUUAGAUUUACUUUUGUCCCAAAAGGGGUGGAAAUUCUGUACUUUUAGGACUGCAUUAUAUUUGUAGAUGAAGCUAAGCCCACUAUACCCUUAAUUUUGUCCUGCAAACAUGAGUGUCUAUAUGGCUGUCCUGAAUGGGUACCACUUAGCCCUUAGCUUUAAUGCCAUUAGUGUUGGUUCAUCUGUAUCGAAGUGAAAAAACAACCCAAGAAGCCAGCCAAAUCUAAAGGAAACAUUUUCUUUCACAAUCAUGUUUCCCCAUUUUCCAAAAAAUGUUGUUCCUCCUACCAUGCUUUCUCUGCAAAAAGCCCAACCAAGGAAACCACUAAGAAAGGGGAAACAUUCUUAAAUGCAUCGAAAAUAGCAAAAACACUGAAAAACAUUCUUUCUCCCCAGUCUGUAAUAAGCCUGAGUAUCAGUCAAAUGUUGAUUCCUCCCACUGAAUAGUCUUUCUGCUCAAAGACAUAAUCUGAUCAUUAAUCUCACAAAUGCUGUAAGUGUAUAUCUGAAAUUAAUAAAAGGAAAAUAAAGACA